AUGGCUUCGGCAACACGUGUGGGCUUGCUGGCUGCUGUCCUGCUGCUGCUGCGACCUCGAGAGGAAGCCUGGACGACUGUCCGGAGAGCCACCCAGCAGGCCUCGCCACCUUCUGGGCGCGUCGCAAUUGUCACAGGUGCUUCCACGGGCUUGGGCCUCGCUACAGCUCAAGCUUUGGCUACAUCUGGUGACUUCAGUCUCAUCAUCCUCGCGGGCAGGAGCCAGGAGAAGCAUGAGAAGGCUCUUGACAGCCUCAGGCAUCUUGUGCCACCAGAAGCCGCAGAGUUGCGCUAUAUGCCUUUGGAGCUGGACUCGCUGGCAUCUGUGCGCGACUUUGCCGCGAGCUUCCUAGCAUUGGAGGUGCCUCUCCAUUGCCUGGUGCUGAAUGCGGGUGUCAUGGCCUUGCCAUCAAGGCAAGUGACCAGUGAUGGACACGAAUACCAGCUGGCGGUAAACUACCUGGGCCACUUCCUGCUUGCAAACUUGCUUUUGGAUCGCAUGGCUGCUGCAGCUUCGCCUAGAGACCCCGGGCGCAUCAUCAGUCUUUCGUCCUCGGCUCACCUGAUACCCUCACCGUUACAGACGGGUGAUUUAAGUGAUCUUCAGUCGGCGAAGAAGUAUACGCCGUGGCAGGCUUAUGGCCAAGCCAAGCUUUGCAACUUGCUCUUCGCCUAUGAGCUGGAUCGCCGUUGUCGCAUUGGGGGGAUCCCCAUUGCUUCCAACGCCAUCCACCCAGGGGCAGUGGCCACCGAGCUGAAGCGCCACCUGCCACAGAACCAGGAAGAAGAGAAAGAAGGGCCUUUGGAAGGAGCCUAUCAGGCUGUGAAGUCGGUGGUUCAGCCGUUGCUGGAUCUUAUCGUGAAAAGUCCGGAGGAAGGCGCUCGCACCACUGUGCUGCUUGCCACGUCUGAUCAGGGCAAGCUCUCGGGGCACUACUGGCAGGAUGGCCGCCCGUCGGCUUCGCUUGACACCGAGGUGCAGGGGCUAUUGCCUGCGCCUCUGCGAGCACUUCGCAUUGUGUCGCGGCUCUUCCAGGCCCUUGCGCCUGCCGAGAAAGCCGCCACUUCUUAUGACACAGAGACCUGGCAAGAGCUCUGGAAGGCGAGCGAGCGCCUCGUUGAUCUGUCUGGCUCGGAGAAGCCAAGCGCAUUCUCCGGCCCUGAGCCCGGCGUAGUGGAGGCACCGGCGAUAAAGUCACCGAACACGCUCAAGGAUUUAAAAGAGACCGCAGCUAGAGCGCUCGGCUUCGUGCAUCCAGAGAGUGGCAACGUCUGGAAGCCCCGACACCUAUUUGCAGACACUCCAAGUGGCAACCUGCGAGAGGUCGAUGGGGCGAAUGUCCCGACCGACCAGGUGCUUUGGGCCGAACCUCCAUGGGCUGCUGGCAGCGUAAUGACUAGCGGCCUCACUUCACACCGGCAGUGGGGCUGGAGACCAUGGAUCUGGCACAGGCUGGGCCGCCUGCCUUGCUGUGCCGAGACGUGGCUCCCUUGCUUUGCAGCGCCGCUGCUCUGUUUUCGCCGGCGCGGGGCGACAGCUGCCAAGGGUGGCCGAGGCAGCCAGCGUCGCGACUCCCCGAAGGCUCGGCGGAAGGCUGCCAGACCUUCACACUUCGUCGCUCUGCGUGUUGGGGAGGAAGCACAACAAAGAGCUGCAAAACUGCAACAGGAACUUGUCAGCAAAGCUCAUGGCCAAGUCCAGCAGGGAUUGCAGAGGUGUUUGGUGCCUGCACACAAGCUGCACGUCACAAUGAUCGCUCUGACACUACGGUCAGAUCAAGACAUAGAGGCUGCCAAAGUUGCUCUGGCCAAUGUUGCUGCCGACUUUGCCAAAGAAUUUUCCGGUCCGCUGCGCUUUCGCCUGAGCGGGCUUGAUUCGGAAGCUGACAAGGUUCUCUUUGCCAAAGUGCAGUCGGAGGACGAUGCCCUGGGCUUUCUGCGGAGGCGGCUCCUGGAAAGGCUGGGGGCGGAGAGCGAAGGACCGGCUCCGGUGAGCGAAGUUCCCUGUGGCGAGCCAGAGGCGCCGGAGAACGAGCAGGAGCCAGAGCCUGCGGCAUCCAAUGAGAAACUGAGCCGGUACUUGACGCGCGUCCUCCGUCACGAUGCCGUGCGGCUCGGGCUUGCACUGCGCAGUGACGGCUCCGUCGGCCUGGAGGAAUUGUUGGCCCUGCCUUUCUUCAAGUCAGGCAACUUAACCCAGAAAGACGUGGAGGCGGAAGUUCGCUGCAACAACAAGCAGCGCUUCCAGCUAUGGACGGAGAAUGGUGCCAGACGUAUUCGUGCGAACCAGGGUCACAAGAUGAAGCAGGUGCUGGAUUCAGAGUUGCUGCAACCCAUCCUGAACGCAGAAGACCUUCCAGUCUGCAUUCAUGGGACUUACUUCACGAAGUGGAGCCCGAAGAAGAAGUGCCAAGUACAGGUGUGGAAUCAGAUUAAGAAGGAAGGGCUGAAGCCCAUGGGCCGCAACCACAUCCACUUCGUGCCCCACGAGGUUGGUUCUCGCACGGUCAUCAGCGGAAUGCGGGAAGAUUGCUCCGUGGCAAUCUACCUGGAUGUGCCCAAGACGAUUGAGAAGGGGAUCAAGCUUUACCGCUCCGCCAAUGACGUGAUUCUUUCUCGUGGAGACGACUCUGGCACAAUUCCUCCGGCUUUGUUCCAGCGCGUAGUGGAGAUCAAGAGUGGUCGCCGUUUAUGGCCAGUUGAGGAGCCGUACGCAGACCACACCGACAGCGAGGUGUCUGUGGUAGCCGAAGAGGGUCUCUCGGCAGCAUCUGCGAGGCCAGCAUUCCGCAGCCUCUCCGGGGAAAUGGAGGGUAGCACGCGCCAAGAUGCGCCAAACAUGUUAGCAGAAUCCCCUCUUGUGUUUUUGCUGUUGCUAGCCUCGUUUUGUUCCACAGACGGCACAGUGCAGGGCUUCCGGGACGCCGAUCUGGGACUGGUGGUUACCCACUCUUUGGAGCUAUGCCGGAAGAAGUCAGAUGAAGCAGGCUCCAGCAAAGCACAAGAUGCUGACACGAAGGACCAGAUGCGCAGGUCCAAACAUCCGACCAAGCUAGCAGAACCUGUGCAGUACUCGGCUGGGCGAAGGUUCAAGCUAUCAGAAUGGUCGACUAAGCUAGCUGGGUCUCUGCCUGGACUGUCCACCGUGCGCGAGCUCAAAGCCAAGCUCGGCGGCAUUGAGGAGCAGCGGCUUCUGCUCAGAACACGCGCGCUAGAGGAUUCCGAGAUACUGCUAGGCUUGGCGUCACCAGACGAGGCUCUUCGGCUGGUUUGCGUGCGAACCCUUCGACGUCUAGCAUGCAGUGCCGGCAGAGACCAAAGGCUCCGCCUUUGGGAUCUGGACCGCGGCCAGGCUGAUCGCGACUUGGUGGGUCACACUUCGGGCGUCCUGUGCGUGUCGGUGCAUUGGCCAUCGCAGCGGGCACUGAGUGGCAGUGCCGACCGCGCCUUGCUGUUGUGGCGUUUGUCUGGCGAGUGCAUCCGAGAGAUGCGUGGACACAUGGAUUCAGUCCAGUGCCUAUCGGUACACUGGGAGACGAACAUUGCUUUGUCUGCGAGCUUGGAUCAGACACUCCUGCUAUGGGACCUGGAGACGGGAGAGGCCAUGCAGGAACUGAUGGACUACGCCAGCCCCGCCAUCAGCCUUGACGUGGAUUGGGUUGGUCGGCAGGCCUUGGCCGGUGCGAUGGACGGCUCCCUGCAACUUUGGGACCUGCGAAGUGCUGCUGCUGAGCGCCGACACAGACACCGCACGGCCCUGCGCUUCCUGCAAGCAAAUUGGAUCAACCUUCAAGCAGUAAGUGGAGACCCUCACGGCUGCAUUGUCUUGUGGGACUUAUCUCCGUUUGAAGCUCUUCGGACUUGUUGUUCAGAUGGCCUGCUACCUGCCGCUUGCAUGUCGGUGAACCCAGACAUGCUGGAGGUUGCUGUUGGGGGCAUUGAUGGGACGCUUUGCUUGUGGAGCUGCUGCCGAGAAGCACAAGAACCCAACAAAGCAAUCAAAGCUCAUCGUUCUCCACUCCGAGUGCUGGCAGUCGACUGGGCAGGGCGGAGUGCCCUGACAUCAAGCGACGAUGACUUUGCACUAUUCUUCUGGAAUUUGGUUCUGGGGCACUGCCUUCGUGUCCUGCGCGGGCAUUCGGAUGUGGUGAGCUGCCUAGCCGUGAACUGGCCAUCAGCCGUGGCCAUAAGCGCUGCCGCCGAUUGCACUCUGCGACUCUGGGACAUUGGGAGAGGCCUCUGCCUUCGCUGCCUCCCCGAGAGCAGCAGAGUGCUGGAGGUGGACUGGGAGCAGCAGCGAGUGCUUCUUUCUGCAGGAGACCCUGUGCUGCGCCUUCGCGAUGUCUUUCGCCGCGGUGUCUGCGUCCGGGAGCUUCCAGCUGGGCAGGGCAACACGGUGCUGUGCAUGGCGGUUGACUGGGCCACCAUGCGUGCCCUGACUGGUGACGAUGACGGCCAACUGACCAUGUGGGAUCUUCGCACAUCGCAGGUGUUGCGCGACUUUCACUGCCACGGAAGGGCAAUCUACUGUGUCCAAGCUGAUUGGGAUGGCGGGCGCUGCCUCAGCGGAAGUGAUCGCAACUUGCUGCUUUGGAACCUGCACUCCGGCCAGGUGCUCCGACAGCUCACGAGUCAUAUUGGCAGGAUAUACUGCCUUGACGCAGCCUGGUCAACACAACGUGUCUUGACCGGUGGUGACGACCGGGUGCUUCGGUUGUGGGACUUGUCCCAGGUGAGCAGCCUCAUACUUCUCGAAGGCCAUACCGCCGCCAUUUGCAGCGUGGACCUGAGCUGGCAGAAGCAGCAAGCUGCCAGCGCGAGCGAAGACGUCACUGUGCGGAUGUGGUGCUUAGCCCAGCGCUGCUGCACUCAGGUUCUCGUGCCUGAUGCCACAGUGAGGUGCUUGGAGGUGGAUUGGUCCUCCAGCCAGCUGCUCGCUGGUAGUGUGGAUGGGCUCUUGCGCCUGUGGCACAUCAACUCCGAGGACUACGUGCAAGAGUUCGAAGGUCACCUCAAAGGUGUGACGUGUGUGGGCGUCGACUGGGGGUCCGGCCUGGCCAUCUCCGGAAGUGAGGACAACUCCUUGCGGAUUUGGGAUUUGGAGGCAGAGGACGAUUCUUCGGACUCCACGCUGUUCCAGGUCAGCGGUGUGCUGUGUGUUGCCAUGGGCUGUGGUCCUGCCGUGACUCCGCAAGGGCUUACCUGA